UCCACUAAAAUGAGAAUUAGCAGAGAACCAUAAAAUGAGAAUUAUGAAGAUGGUAAUAAUAAGUUUUGCAAGCAUAUUAUUACCAUUGUGCAUAGUAGGUAUGGUAGCUAAUGAGGCAGAGUCUCUAGAAGAGUAUUUGAGAGGCCACAACACUGAACGAGCAAUGGUUGGGGUUCCUCCGCUGAAGUGGGAUGUGAAACUAAGAAAGAAAGCUCAAGAGUUGGUGAAUGAAUACCUCGAAAUCUGUUGGGGAAAACCACCGCCAUCCAAGUCCUCUAUCUACGGUGAGAAUCUUAUGUGGAAGUAUGCAUCUGCUGAACAUGUUACAGCAGCAAAAGCGGUAGCGUGGUGGGUGGCACAGAAAAAGUACUACGACCAUAAAUCCAACUCGUGUAUUGGUGGUAAGUGUGAAGAAUACACUCAAGUUGUUUGGAGAGAAACCACUCAUGUUGGAUGCGCUAAUGCUAAAUGCCCAGAUACACCAGGCGUCGUUGCCAAAUGCACCGUUACUAUUUGUCUUUAUAAUCCUAAAGGAAACCUUCAAGGCCAUCGUCCUUUCUAGUUAAUCACAAUCAAUGUUAUAUACUAUUUAAUAUAUCAAUAAUGCUAGGGAAUCAAGAUAGUUUCAGCAAAAAAUCAGUCAAAUGCCCAAAUGUUUCUGGAUGAAUCCAAAAUCUCUACGUGGAUGGUGUUUAUGUUAGGAAUCAGGAUGUUUCUUUUCUUUGUAAAUUGGAUGGUUCUAACUUUGUUUUCUGAUUUAUCAUGUUUUAGGCAUUUGGAGAGAGAAUGAGGGUGGAAGAGACAUAAGCUAAUUGAAUCAGUUUUCGUGAUUCACAUUGCAAUUA